AUGAGUCCACCACAGUACUGGUUAAAGUUAAAUGACAGAUUCAAUCAGUCAAAGGUUGAGGACCCUCCAACACCAAAGGAGAUCCCUCAACCAUUCUACACUACAUCAAAGGAUUUGUUGGCAAGGUUGGAGGAGUUGAAGAGGUUGGGCAACGACAGUUACACCAAAAAAGAGUUUGGCUUCGCAACGUCAUACUACUCGAUGGCUAUGCAGUGUUAUGAUCAACUAAACAGAUUCUCAAACAAGUUCAAGAGCUCAUUGACAGAGAAUGAGAUGACGUCAAUCAAGAAGAUGGCAUCGAUCAUCGCGUCCAACUUAUCACUAUCACUCAGCAAACAGAUGCGCAUACCCGAUGCGAACAUAAUGGGUCAGAUGGCAGUCAACUUUGAUCAGACCAAUUGCAAGGCCGUCGUCAGGCUAUGCGACAUCCUUUUCCAGGUUGGCAGACAUGCGGAGGCCAUCCCGAUGCUCAAUCAUGCUCUGUAA